CAUUAACUAUGGCCUUAGGCCGUAAAUUCAGUUUGUUUUUAUGAUAAAAUAUUUUACAUAUAGCGUUUAUUAUGGUAUUUCAUGUUUUUGCCGAGGAAUGAAUCAGCCUUCAACGUCAUAAAUUGGAGGUAACUAUAUCGGUGCCCCUCGGAACACUUUCUCUGGGCAUUGUUUCUAAACGACAAUACAUAAUACAGUACAAUCGGGUGUCACAUUCAUUCAGUACCCCUCAAUUUAACAUGGCUGGGUCAGAGCUCCUGAAAACACUGUUGUACACAGUGAAUAGCAUACUUCAGCAAGAGAAGUAUAAAGCUGCGUUAGCGGUGGUGAAAGGUUUCAGGAAUGGAGCAGUAUAUGGAGCGAAAAUCCGUGCCCCCCAUGCGCUUGUCAUGACAUUUUUGUUCAGAAACGGGAGCUUGAAAGACAAGCUGAAAGCCAUCGCAAAAGCUACAUACACUCACUCACGGAAUCUCGCUUACUUCGUCUUCAUUUACAAAGGGCUGCAAGCUCUUCAAGUGAAGAUUCAGGGGAAAAGCCUCCAGUCCCAGUCUUUCCUUGCAGCGUGCCUUGGGGGGUGGCUAGUGUUUGGGGACAAUAACAACAUCAACAGCCAGAUAAACAUGUACUUACUAUCCAGGAUCCUAUUUGCUCUUUCUCGUCUGGCUGUGGAGAAAGGCUACAUCCCUCAGCCAAAGAGAGACCCUUUCCCCAUGUUUGCCACCCUGGUGUGGGGAAUCGUCUUGUGGUUAUUUGAGUAUUAUCCCCACACCCUGCAGCCAUCUCUCCAGUCCUCCAUGAACUACCUCUAUCAUGACAGCAACGUGUGGCACGAUAUCUCAGAUUUCCUUGUCUAUAACAAACCCAAGGCUACAGCGGCUAAGUGAGACCUCGUCUUUGCACUGGGCCACUG